ACCUUAUCCGUUUCUGCAACGCUACGCUGUGUUUCUCUGGUUUGGGGAGCUUUGGAAUGAACUGAGGCAGCAGCAGAGGACGGAGCCGGCAAGCCAUGGCUCCCUCCGCCGCCGCCGCCGCCGCCGCCGCCGCCGCCGCCGCCACCGCCUCGCCGCUGUCCCGUCUCCUGCUCAGCCUCCCAAACCCCAGCGUGAAACUUCCCGUGUCUUCUCCGAGCCGGAACGCCGGCGCCGCCGUGGCCGCCAAGAACAGCACCCCCGUCGUCGCCCUCCGCCGGCGCGAGGCCGUGGCCGCCGUGCUGUCCGCAUCCAUCCUCUCCCGCGUGCUCCCCGCGGCGGCGGAAGCGUCCGGCGGCGAGUGCCCGCUCGAGGUGGCGCCCAACGGUCUCGCCUUCUGCGACCGCGUUGUCGGCACCGGCGCCGCCGCCGAGCAAGGGCAGCUCAUCAAGGCGCAUUACACCGGGAGGCUGGAGGACGGCACGGUGUUCGACAGCAGCUACAAGCGCGGGAAGCCGCUCACCUUCCGCGUCGGCGUCGGCGAGGUGAUCAAAGGAUGGGACCAGGGCAUAGUGGGCGGCGAAGGGAUCCCGCCGAUGCUCGCCGGUGGAAAGAGGUCGCUGAGGCUGCCGCCGGAGCUGGCCUACGGCGCGAGAGGAGCCGGGUGCAGAGGCUGGGAGCCCACCUCCUGCGUCAUCCCGCCCAACUCCACUCUCCUCUUCGACGUCGAGUACGUCGGCAGAGCAGUCGGAUGAUCUCUCCCUGCAGAUUUGGUUUCUUGUGUUGAUUGAUGUAUGCAGAAUGUUCAGAGUAUAUAUCGAUACCGAGUUGAGAGUUUCAGACUGAGAACAUUUGCAGAGAGAUUUAAGCAGCACGAUCGUGGUCUACGGGUUUGAAAUAGGUUAUAGAUUGUGAAAAUUCCAAAAGCUUUGGUGAGUUUGGGCAUGAUCAAGCACAUCAUGCCCAAAACUUCAAUUCCAAA